UUUGCUGCAGAAGUUUCAAGUAUGUUACCCAGCAAGAAGAGGAAAGGCCCUGUCCUAGAUGAGCAGAAAAUCAAGAUUGGUAGAAAUGAAGAUGAUCCUGAAAUGGGAAAAGAUGCCCACAGCGAUGGUGACUGUGUGGUUUCAGGACUGAAUUCCACCCUGUAUGCAGAAGGUGGUCCCCAAGGACAAAGCCUUACUUCUUUUCCUGGAGAAUCCGAUGUUAAGCCAAGUGAACAUUUCCAUGAAGAGGGAAAAGGAGAGAAUCUAAAACAGACCUCCAACUGUGGAAGUUUAAGUAGUGACGAUAAUGGGAGCAGUGGAUCAGAAUGCGUUGCUGUUCAGGAUGUUCCAGGAGAGGCUGUUUCUGAAGAUGGUUCUUUCUUAACUCAUGAAACAAAGUCUCAAGAAAUGGAAGGUGAAGUUGGCAGCCCAUUAGUCUGUAAGAAAAGAAAGGCAUCUUUCCAGGAGCAUGAAAAGACAAAAAGCAUCAGAUUGGAGAGUGUUGAAGUAGUUGAUACUGAAUCCAGUAAACAGCCCCACAGAACAAGUGACUGCAUUGCCCCAACAUCCAGUGGAAGCAUGUGCUUACAAUCUAGUUCUUUAGAGGAUGUUGUAACAUCUUGUUUGACAAGUAAAAGGACUGGCUCAAGUGAGAGCAGUGUAGAAGAACAAAAUUUAGGUGUAAAACAGUCAUCCAGCUGCAGUAGUAAUCAUGGGAGUAUACUCACUGGAUCCAAAGAUGCAUUUCCAGGCAGUAAUACUUCCCAAGUUAAGGAAGUGACAAAGGUUCAGGAUUUCAAUGUGGCUCCUGCAGCAUUGAUGCCUCCUUUGAAUGAAGAUGCAGCAGUGUCUGAUCAUAGAGAUGCUAUGAACCUCCCCACAAAAGGAGUUCCAGUGAAAAAGAAAAAAUUGGCGUUAUCAAGUAUUCUUUCAUCAGUGUCAUGGAAGCUAGAAGAAGCUGAAGCACACUGUCAGGAGGAGGUCACCGUUGAUGAUGGGGAUGGUGGGCUGUUCAUCACGCUGGAUGAAGAGGAAGAUGCUGACAAUAAUAAGAAGAAAAGGAAAAAGAGAGGAAGAACUAAACAGCAAGACAAAGAAGAGGAGAGUACAGUGGCCUGCAGUGUUGAUUUUGAUGACUCUUUAGAUAAGUGUCUAGAUGACUCAGCAAAGCAGCACAAUCUAACAACUGUCAAUGUGAAAAACAUUAUCCAUGAAGUAAUUACAAAUGAACAGGUUGUUGCAAUGAUGAAAGCAGCCAUUAGCGAAACACAAGAUAUGCCAAUGUUUGAGCCAAAAAUGACUCGUUCUAAACUGAAGGAAGUUGUUGAGAAAGGAGUGGUGAUCCCUUCUUGGAAUAUUUCUCCAAUCAAAAAGAUCCACGAAGUAAAGCCUCCACAAUUUGUUGAUAUGCCUUUAGAAGAAGAAGAAGAUUCAUCUGAUGAGGAGUAUCAGCCUGAGGAAGAUGAAGAAGAUGAAACUGCAGAAGAGAGUAUGAUGGAGAGUGAUGUUGAAACUUCGAGCACAGCCUCCUCUCCUCAAGGUUCUAAAAAGUCCCACACAAAGCAGUUGUCUGAUCACAAUGAACUUGAAGAAGAUGGGAGAGCAUCACUAGAUAAAGAGCAGCCUGCUCCACAACCAGUGAGGCACAUCAGUGUUGAAGUCGUUCCUAUGGGACCUCCACCUGUGCCCAAACCUAACCAGAGCAAAGACUGUGCUUUCAUGGAAAAGCUUCAUGCUGUGGAUGAAGAACUGGACCUAACAUCUGUCUGCAUGGGUGAUUCACUUCAGUCUCUAGAUGAUAGUUUGAUUGCAUGCCGCACUCGAUCCAAACGACCACUGAAAGAUGUUCCCUUGGAACGUCUUGAGGCAGAGUUGCAAGCCCCUGACAUCACACCGGACAUGUACGAUCAGGGCAUUAAGGAUGAUGAGGACUGGCAGAAGUGGCUGGUGGGACUGAUGAAUAAUGUUGUGGAGAAUGAAGAUGAUGCAGAUGAUCCUGAUGACCCAGAAUACAAUUUUCUUGAGGAUCUUGAUGAGCCAGAUGUGGAGGACUUUCGAAAUGAUCGAGCAGUGAGAAUUACAAAAAAAGAAGUGAAUGAACUGAUGGAGGAAUUAUUCGAAACGUUCUGCAGUGAGAAAACCCCUCGUCGAGAGAAAACUGUACCAGCGGAGGGACGCACUUACAAACGGAGAGAGGCUCAGGAUGAGAUUAGAGUUCAAGAACCUAAGACUCAAUGUGAGGAGGACAACAGAAGAACGACAUACCACUUUGUGACUUUUAACAUUCCAAAGGUCAUUAGGUUUGAGGAGCCAUUGGCUAAUAUGAUUAAUGAGCGCCACAAAACAGUGAAGGCACAGUUGGAACUUCUCAGGCAAAAGAGAGCUGCAGCUUCAGUAAAGCAGACACAAAAAACUGAGGUCACCAAAGUAAAAAUUACCCGGCCUUCUGAGCCUUUGGUGCUGGAUGCAAAGCAGAAAUUCUGUCUUCAACAACAAAUGCAGCAGCAUGUUCAACUUCUUACCCAGUUAUACCUGCUAUUCAGUGUGAACCCAAACUUAAGCAGUGAAGCAGAAAACUCCAAAAUGUUUCUGAAAGAGUUAACAGCCUUUGCUGAGAAUUCAGAGCUUGUCCACCGAAGUAGAAAUCCUCUUUUCCAGUCUACAUUCCAUUCCUGUAAUCUUAAAGAAGCUUUGGAACUCAUACAAGAGUUUGACAAAACCCUCAAGCCUAAUAUCAAGCUUUCACCCAAGAAAAAGACAACAAAGAAAUAUGCAAAUGAGUACCCUUGCCUGCCACAGCAGAUAGCUUGGAUAAUUGCCACCAGAAGGGUAUUUAUGUAUCCAGAGUUGCUUCCAGUAUGUUCACUGGAGAGAUCACCUCAAGACAAGUCCUUUUUCAGCAAAGCAGAGGAUUGCUUGUUGGCACUAGGACUUAAACACUUUGAAGAGACAGAAUUUCCAAAACCUCUGAUAAGUAAAUAUCUGCUGGCCGCAAAAGGUCAUCAUCAGAUAUCCGCAAGAAUAAAAAACCUUAAUGUGUCCCGUGCUCCUGACAAUGUUGUGAAGUAUUAUAAGAGGAAGAAGGUUUUGCCUCCCUUGGCAAGGUGGUUUGACUAUGUGUUUCCUCAAAAUAUGAAACCUCCUUUCGAAUGUGAUAAACAGAAGCUCCCAUUCUGGCUUCAGGGAAGCCUGCAGUCCAUCCAGGAAGCAAUUCAGUGUCUACAGGAGAAAACUAAAAAUGAGUGCUUCCAGAUAAAACAAGUUUCAGAACCUUUCUUGGGUUUUGGUAUCCUGGUGCAACAGUUGUUUAAGGUUGAACCUAAAAAGUUGCCCAUCAUUAUGCCUGAUGGUGUUACCCUAAUUCUGAAGCCACUGGGAGCUCGUAUGUCUAGAAAGGAAUGGAAAGCAAAGAAAUCAUCUGCCUUGAAACCACUUCCCAUAAGACCUGCUCCAGCAAUAAAGCCCAGCCUAAAUGUGAUAAAUUCCAAGAAAUCGCCCCUAAAGUUGACCAGGGGAUCCACAUCCUUUCAUAAGUUCAGGUGUAGAACUCCCAUAUUAAUCAGGCCAAGAAAUGCAUUAUCUUCAGGUUCUGCAAGUCAGUCACUGGAUAACAUGACAGAAACUAUGACUGCUUCUGCUGUCCAGACCACCUCUCCUUUCCAGACUACUUCACCCAUGCUUCUUUCAGAUGGAAGAAAUUCUAAUGUGUCAGUUGCUCCACAGACUACAGCAUCUGUUUCAUUGUUUCCCCCACAGACUUCCUCGGCUGUUCAACAGAGUCCCAAAGUAAAGGCACAGGGGUGUAGAACACCUCGAAAACGAGGUCGGCAGAAGAAGAAAUUAAGUUUUAUCAAGUCAACUCCGUUUAUAAAACCUGCCUUGCCCAUUCAGCCAACUCCUGUGAUACUUGCUGUACCUGCUUCCAUGAAUGUAGUUACAGUUGGAAAUAGAUGCAGUAUGAUUCAGCCUUUAAGUACAACAGUUGAAGGAACAACCCAGACAGCUCCAUUGACAACUCUGCUAGUAAAUCCUUCCCAGUUUACGCAUUCAGUAAGCCAGCCACUUACAACAGCUCCUGUAAGCUGUGUGUGUACACCUGUUAAAUCACCAUCUUUUCCCGUUUCAGGUUUGGUAUCUACUGAAGGCAGUGUGCCAUGUAGUUUGGUUGGCAUCACUGGUUGUGAAGUACAUCAAGAAUCUAAGUUUAAGAGUCAUGAAGAUACUAAAUGUGAGGAUGAGCCAAAAUCUGAAUGUAGCUUGAAAAACAUUUCCAGUUGUACGCUUAACAAUGAUUUCUUGAAUCCAGAGGAUUAUACUGAAGAAUCCAGCUUGCACCAAAAACAAGAAAGUCUACACUGUAGCAAUGAAACUGUUAUUAAAGUAAACGCUUCAGAAACUGAGAGCAAUGAGGAUCAUCAUGGCAGGCAAGCAGUUACUCAGGACUAUCAAAUAAAUACUUCUGCUGAUUGCAACCCUAAAAGUGGUGAAAACAGCAAGUCAGUGCUAACUAUUGUGGCAGCAGAAAGUUCCCAAGAAAAGGGCAGGUUAAGAGAAGAAUCUAAAAGGGAGAUCAUUUUGGGCCUAGGGCAAGAGCUGGAAGUAGAAGCUCCACAACAAAAUAAAAAUACAAGUAAGGCAGAAAAAGAAAAUAGCAAAGAAAAUGAAAAUGUAGAUCAAGACGUUAAAGACACUGAGAAAAAUAUUAUUAAAAUGAACGACUGUGAAAUGACUGAAGUGUUGCCAGAUACAUCUGUUUGUGAAGUUGUUCAAAGCCCACCUAAGAUAUCUUUGUGUGAGGUGGAUGUUGCAUCUUGUAGGACGUCUGAUUUUAAGUCAAAUGGCACUUCAUCUAAAAAGUUUGUUUGUGAAAUGGACACACCUUUUCCAGACGUUUCUGAAGUAGGUAAGACCCCAUCUGUGAUAGCUGUUUACAAGUCAGAUGUAUCUCUUAAAUCACCUGUCCUUGAAUUGAAUGAAGGGUUGCCUAAGACACCUGUUGGUGAAGCUGACAAAGCAUCUUCAAAAGCAGAUGUCUGUCAGGUAGCUGAAAAGUCACCUAAGGCACCUGUUUGUGAGAUAAAUGAGGUGUCACCUAAAAAGCUAGUUUGUUUUGCAGAUGAAGGUUCAGCUAAGACAUCUGUUGGCAUAGUAGAAAUUGACUUUAGCAGCCCAGUGGAAAAACAUGAAGAUGAAUCCACUACUGAUGGACAGUCAUCUAACACUCCUGGUGGUCCUGAAGUAGGUGGAGAAAAAGGACAGGAAGAGGAGGAGGAGGAGGAUUUUGAUGAUCUCACACAAGAUGAAGAGGAUGAGGAAGUAAUGUCAUCUGCUUCUGAAGAGUCAGUGCUAUCUGUACCAGAACUUCAGGAAACAAUGGAAAGACUAACGUGGCUGGCGUCAGAGAGGAGACUGAGCCAAGAGGGAGACUCUGAGGAAGAGAAUUCUCAAGAGGAUAAUUCUGAACCAGAAGAGGAAGAGGAAGGAGCGGACAUUGUUCAGAAAGGCGAGGAAACAGCAGAUGACACCGUAGAAAAAACAACAGGAAAGUGUGUAUCAGGUUCCACAUCACCGCAGGUUGCACCAGAAGUAGAAUCCAGGAACACUACUCAAGGUGGAAAUGCUAAGGCAGCUGGAAAAGCAAAGACCUCAUGUAGGUCCAGAAGCAAGAGAGGAAGGAGCAGAGUUAGCAAAGAUACUUCCAAACUGCUGCUUUUGUGUGAUGAGGAUAUAUUGGAGAAUGAUCCACAAAGAGAACAAAAGGACAUGGCAUUUGCACAUGCGUAUUUAACCAGGGUUAAAGAAGUUCUGCGCAACACUUCUGGAAAAUAUGAGGAGUUUCUCCGUGUUUUGUAUGAGUUUGAAACGGAUCCUAAGCAGCCAUCAGCAGUAGAUUUGUAUAUGGGUUUGCGUGACAUUCUGCAGGAGUGGCCACAGCUGCUAAAAGAUUUUGCUGCUUUUCUGCUACCAGAACAAGCACUGGAGUGCGGAUUGUUCGAGGAGCAGCAGGCAUUUGAUAAGAGCAGGAAAUUCUUAAGGCAGUUGGAAAUCUGCUUUGGAGAAAAUCCAUCCCAUUAUCAGAAGAUCAUUAAAGCACUACAGAGUAUCACAGAAUGCCAACCACAGGAAGUAUCUGAGCUGAAGACACAAGUGUGGCAUUUGCUGAAAGGGCAUCAUCAUCUUCAGGAAGAGUUUUCUUUGUUUUUCGAUCAGCUUCGACCUCCAGCCAGUCGAAUGGGAGAUUUUGAGGUAGUGAGUUGGACAGAGGAGAAGGAGUAUGAGUUUGAUGGUUUUGAGGAGGUGGUGCUUCCUGAUCUGGAUGAGGAAGAAGAUUCUCAGAAGAUCCAAACUGUGUCAAAGAAUAAAAGGCGGAAAGAGCUAGCCGGCCAGAGCAUUGACAAGACCUGUGAUGCCAAGCCAUACAAAAAUAAGGAGACACAAGAGCUGACUAGUGGAAGUCCACAGGAAGAAUGGAGCCCUCAUACAGAUGCAAGGGAUUCUGGAAUAUGUGGAGACCUCACAAAAGAGUGUCAAGAUGAGAGAGAUAGCAGUAUUUCAGAGGAUGCAGAUAGAAGGGGGACAUCUGGUGACAGGGACAUGUGCACCGAGUCAUCAGGCCACAGUGGCACCCCAGACAUGCCUCCUGCAUGUAGAAGAGGAAUACCAUCAAGACAAAGUGGAAUAACAAAUGUAAUAUUAAACGAGGUUGGAGAUGCUAGUAAACAGUCUGAACAUUUGCCGGCAUUGCAAAAUAGUGAAGAGACUAAAACAGUAAAAAGCAAAGCAGGCUUCCAGGAUGUGGACACCACCAAUGGAGAACGAGCUCAACAAAACAAGACACAAAAAUUGGUUAAGCUGAAUGAUUCUUUGAAGCUCACUUCAGAGGCAAACCCUGAAAAGAAAGGAAAUUUGUUUUUCAGAACAUCUACACCAAGUAAACUUACAGACACCACACAGGACAGCAGCAGCAGUGGACUUGAUAAGGAAACUUCACCUUUAAGAACUGUUACCCAAAAUGAUAAAUUGCAUGACUGUAAUGCUAAUACUGAUGCACAUUUUCCAGAAGUAGCACCCCAGGAUUAUACAGGUGAACAAGAAAAGACAUUCACAAAUGUAAUGGAGGGGAACUGCUUAUCCAAUGACCUGCAUUUAUCCAAGUCCCUUGUAGAAAUGCACGAUUCAGUGGCUAGAACAGCUGAUGUUCAUGCUGUAUGUGAUGCCGCCAGUGGACUUCAGAAACCUGAAGUGUGUGUAUCAGACUCAUCCCAAGAAAAGAGGGAUAAUGGUGAAUUGCUAAACAAAGUCACAGAGUCAUUAAGUUGCCUUGCUGAUUCCAGAAAGGAAACACUGAGUCAAGAUGAUCUGGGCUCUACAGUCUGUGACAUGUCUGAACUAAAUGCUGCAGUUGUAAGGGGCCCUUUAAAUGAAAUGGAGAUAAAUGCUCAGUCACAAACAAAAAGAAGCCCUACCAUGAAAAAAGAAUCCCAUUUGCAUGGAGUGUGUAUAACUCAAAGUGUGAGCCAGGGUACAGAACAAGGCAAAAAUAAAGAACCUGCAGUUUGUGCAAAAAACAGCAAAGUCAUUUCCACAGGAGAGAAAGUUGUACUCUGGACCAGGGAAGAUGAUCGAGUGAUCCUUACAGAAUGUCAGGAAAAUGGAGCCAGUCAGGAAGUUUUCAUUGCCAUUGCAAAUAAACUUGGCAGCAAAUCACCAACAGAGGUCUCCCGCCGGUUCCGAGAGCUACUUCGACUGUUCCACACAUCAUGUGAUAACAGCUCAGAGGAAGAUGAUGAUGGUACCAGUACCAGCAACACUGAUCAGCUGUCAGAUCGAGACCUGCCUGCGACAGACGACGAACAAGAAUAAACUGAAAUGUUGAAAUUUCUAGAACCACUUUCUUGAGGAUAUAGCAGUCAUAGUCAUCAGAAGAUGUGUACUUCUACAAUUUAAAAACCCAACAGCUUGAGGCAUUGACCCUUUGCUGACAUGAAGGGAAUGUGGAAGAAGCAUACCAAGUUAAAGCAAAAUGGCUGGCAAAUUCCAAUUAAAAUUUAGCAAUUUUUGUAGCUGUAGUACAACUUGCAGGCAGAACGAGCACUUGCUUUAAAACCACAGCAGUGCUUAUAGCUUUGAUAUGAAUUCAGAUCUGUGGCAACUAUAUGAAGUGAGGUGACUUUUUAAUAUGACUCGGUACAUGAAGAAUACCAUAGAAUACAUCAGCAAGAAUAACCUGAAGUUUAGUUAUGCUUAAAGGAUCACAUGUUGGUGCUAGCCACUACUCUUGAUGUGUGUGUUCAGCAUGUCACAGCAUUGCACUUGGAGAAAAAAACAUUUUAAUAGUCCUCCCAGAAAAAGCUCUGUUUUUGGUAUGUUCAUUUUUUGAUACAGCCCAGUGCCUUGGGAUUGGUCCUUGUGACCCCUUUGUACAAUCCUAGUUCAUAAGGGGAGAUGGCAAGUUAAAUCUGAAAGUUACAAAGCCAACAUAGUUUACAGUAUUGUUUGUAAGCUUUCUUAUAUCUUCAUUUAUUACUUUACUGCUCAUCCUGUGGUAAAGCAGCAAAUGGACUGAAACUGAUUGGAAGGCUAAAUGUCCCAUGUUUUGUGUAGGGCUUCCACCUGCUUAACGUUUAUUUUCUUUUACAGUGACAUUGAAUUAAUCAUUUGGGAGCCUCUUCAUUUUAUCUUUAUUGGUUUAGUCUGGCCUCUUUUAUGUCAGUAUUCAGUGCUGUAAUUGUUUUACUGUGUGGCUUCUGUAACCUGAUCCAAGAGGUAAAUACUGCUUUAUUACAAGGAGUUCACACAGUGAGGUAAGAUGCUAAACCUUUUUAAUAUCAUUGUCAUUUUCUGUCCAUGUAAAUUGUGCUGUAAAGUAUUGGUAGAGUUUGUUUUUAUUGUAAUAUUUGUAAAUAUUGUAUAAUAUUCAAAGUGAAUGCAGUAUGUAAUUGUGCAAAGUUUAGGAUUAUUCUUUGUGACCAUAAACUUUUUCAUUUUUUUAGUUUUGAACAUAAAAUAAUAUAUGGCACAAGGAAAUAAGAUACUAUGAUGUGGAAAACAUUCCUUUUCAGAAUAAGUUUUACUGAGAAUUGGUCUUAUUUAUGUGUAAAUAAAAAUAUACAUUUUA